AUGAAGAACUGCAGUUCUGAGGCCCCCGCGCCCCCAACUCUCUGGAUUGGGAUGUUUUAUCAAAGGAAGGAUCAGUACCUCUCUGAUCCGAAAGACCCAGGGUCAGAAUGCACCGCCUGCCACACCCAGCAGGUGUCGCCGCGAGAGCGCCCUGAGCUUUUCACCUGUGCGCGCUCUCAGGUUCGGCUAUCAUCAGUCUUUGGGUUUGAGUCCAAUUCCAAGUAUCCACCGACAUCUCCAGCGCCCAGCGCGGACCGACGCACCGACGGACUGCCCAGGGAGCCUCGGCCCGCGCCCCCUGCCGGGGACUAUGACCCGAAAGCGCGGCGCUGCCUGGGCCACCUCUUUCUCAGCCUGGGCAUAGUCUACCUCCGGAUCGGUGGCUUCUCCUCGGUGGUAGCUCUGGGUGCGAGCAUCAUUUGUAACAAGAUCCCAGGCCUGGCUCCCAGACAGCGGGCAAUCUGCCAGAGCCGGCCGGACGCCAUCAUCGUCAUAGGAGAAGGCUCGCAAAUGGGCCUGGACGAGUGUCAGUUUCAGUUCCGCAAUGGCCGAUGGAACUGCUCGGCGCUGGGAGAGCGCACUGUCUUCGGAAAGGAGCUUAAAGUGGGGAGCCGGGAGGCUGCCUUCACCUAUGCAAUUAUUGCUGCGGGUGUGGCCCAUGCCAUCACAGCUGCCUGCACCCAGGGCAACCUGAGCGACUGCGGCUGCGACAAGGAGAAGCAAGGCCAGUACCACCGGGACGAGGGCUGGAAGUGGGGUGGCUGCUCUGCCGACAUCCGCUACGGCAUCGGCUUCGCCAAGGUCUUCGUGGAUGCCCGGGAGAUCAAGCAGAAUGCCCGGACCCUCAUGAACUUACACAAUAACGAGGCGGGCCGGAAG